UGCAGAAGUUGUUCAGCGGUGGACGAGAUCAGGAAGAGAUGGGUGAAACAUCCUCGGAUGAGAAUGAAUUUGAUGACUGGUUUAUCGAGUCUUUGAAAAUAUACAAUAAUAUUCAUGAGUAUCAACUUGAACAUCCUACAAGAGUAAUUGAAUGGACAGCAGAAAAAACUAUCUGUGUCGCAGGUUACAGUUUAUCUAAAAAUGACAUUUUAGAGCUGCUUUUGCCUCUGAAACUCUUCGCUGAUGACAAUCAGGGUCUUUGUGCAGAGCGAGAUUUCAAAGUGGUCCAUGGAGGUUUCUCAGAUGGUGCCGUUCAUUGCCUUAAACACAUUCCAGGAACAAGAUGUGUCGUUACCAAUGAUGGCUUCAGCUCCAAGCUCCUGGUGUGGGACUUAGGAGGAGAUGAUUGUGAUGUCAUAAAGAGGACUGGAGACAUACAACCAAAGAGUGCAUCAUCAGAUAAAGGUGUCAAGAUAGCCUCCGGAUUAACUGGAAACCCCUGCAUUCUUCAUGGCUCUCAGAUCAGCGAUAUUCAACUGACUGAGCUGACGUCAGGGAAACCACUCUACUCUGUAGAAACAGACACUCCAGAAGCACUGAGCUCCCUGCAGUUUGUGAGUGGCAGUGUAUUUCUCGCUUGUGCCUGCAAUGGUGACCUGUAUGUGGGGGACACACGGAAGCAUUCAGCUCCUCAGCAAACCCCAGCUGGAGGGAGAGAGGGAGGCCACUGGUGUAUGGGUGUUAAGACAGACCUGUCCUCAUCAGACCCAUCCUCCUGUAGUGUAGCACGGCUCUCCUCCUCCUGCCAAGUGGUUGUGUCUGAUCUUAGGAACCUAAGAGCCCCCAUGAGUAAAGCCCAGCUUGAUGUCCAGAGGAAAACUACCAGUGAUAACUUCAUGAAUGUGACAUGGGCGCCAGCUUUAGACAACUGCCUUGCUGUGUCAGGUUUUGAUGGAAUGGUGCAAAUCUACAACACUGCCUCUUGGAGACCAGAGUUGAUGGAAUUCCAGCCUCUUUUUAUCCACCGUGGUCACAUGAUGUCUGAGGAUCAGUUUGACACAUCAUCAGCUGUGGUCACCACUCAUGUUUGGCAUCCAAGUCGACCUAAGACUGUCCUCUCUGCUGCUGUAGACGGGUCUGUGCAUGUAUGGGACUGGGUCGACAAAGCCACUGCCAGCUGUUGACAUUCAAACACACUUACAGCUCAAUGUUAAUCAUUAUGUAAAUAUGUAAGGAAAAAACAUCCUCUGUAAAGCACCAUUUAUUGUGAUGGAUAAGAUGAUGUAAAAAUGACACUGUUAUUAGUAGUUAUUCAAUGUUAUGAGUAGUUAUUCUUAUACUGUACACAAAGUUGCAUUAUGGAAGAGGUAUUCUGAGUUUAUACUAUUAUAUUUUAUAAGAAAGCAAGAUUGUUCACUUUUGUUACAUAUUUUAUAAUAAAAUUUUAAUAAGUAAACUCUGAUGCUAAAUAAGUCAAACCCUGGCCUGGAGAUAAAGGUGGAAGGCAGUUGCAUCACAUUAUUCGCUCACAACACUGUAAAUAAAAAAGCUAAACAACA